AUGAGUUCUGAGCAAUCCGAUCCAUCACCACCACGUGCCACCAGAUGUGCAGCUGAAAUCGUUUUGGACAAUCGAACUGGAAGUCAUUUCAAAUUCACUGUUGAGCAUGAAUACACCGGAUGGCCCAUCGACAAAAAGGAAGACGUUUAUUACAAACCGGAUGAGAAGAAAACGUUUUUUGACAAUGUGGAGUAUAACACUGGAGCAUUCACAACUGGAGUCGACAAUUGGAAAGUUUCAGGAAUUCAACUCAAUGAGGAAACUACCACAGUUAACGGAAAGAAGACAACUAAAUUGGUAGAGGGAACCAAGUUUCACAGUGGAUCAGGAGCAUUGGCCAGUUGGAAGAAACAUACGUUGAGAUCUGAGGAUGAUGGAGAGAAGACUGAAAUUCGAGUGUUCCCAACUGAAAUCCAUUUUGUGUCUCCCAGUGGAACGUCGACUACUUCUUUCACUAAAUGA